UGAUGAUGUAGCGCUGUCUUUACAUGCGAGAAAUUAAUGAUGCAGUUCGUCUCAUACAGACCGACUUAGAGAAGUAAUGCUUAUAUGAUGUUUUGAAUGGCUUAAGUUUGUGCGUCGUUUUAGUUCCCCCCCACCAAGAUGUCUAAUGACCAAAUCUGGGCAUCAAUUUUGCUCAAUGCGAAAAUGCUCUCAGUAAUAUGGAAAACAUAAAGUGUCAUAAAGCCCAUGUGAGAAGAAGUGACAAUGGUGUGUGAAAAUGUGACUAAUGGGACGGAGAAUAGCAGGCCGCCUUACACCCUCUUGGUGGCCCUUCCUCUGAGUGUUCUGGUUGGGCUCCUCAUUCUCAUCAUAAUUUUUGGCAAUGUGCUGGUUAUCAUCGCAGUUUUCACAAGCCGAGCUCUCAGGGCUCCCCAGAACCUGUUUCUGGUCUCAUUGGCAUCAGCCGACAUUUUGGUGGCCACUUUGGUGAUGCCAUUCUCUUUGGCCAAUGAGCUGAUGGGCUACUGGGCCUUCGGGCAGGUGUGGUGUGAAAUCUAUCUUGCUCUGGAUGUUCUCUUUUGCACGGCCUCCAUCACCCACCUGUGCGCCAUCAGUUUGGACAGGUACUGGUCAAUCACACAAGCCAUAGAGUACAACCUCAAGCGCACGCCACUACGGAUCAAGCGCAUAAUUUUUGUGGUUUGGGUCAUGGCUGCUGUAAUCUCCUGCCCGCCACUCAUCACCAUGGAGAAGAACAAAGAGAAGUCCAUCUGCAGUAUUAAUACAGAAAAAUGGUACAUUAUCUCCUCUUCCAUUGGCUCAUUUUUCCUUCCUUGCAUCAUCAUGGUGCUCGUCUACAUUCGAAUCUAUCAGAUCGCCAAAAAGAGGACCAGAGCGCCCCCUGGAGACCAGAGGACAAAGGAAGUGCACCUGAAGGAGAACGAUCAGGGCGAGGAGGGCCCUCAAGAGAGACUCAGUGGGGAUCCCAAUGCUAAGCCGGAUGGCGCCAAUGACAAGGGUGAAAUAAACGGAGUGGACAUGGAGGACUCGUCCUCCUCCGACCAUAAAGUCACCAACCCCUGCUCCCUCAAGAAGAAGAGCUCUAAAGGAAAGACCAGGUUGAGCCAAAUCAAACCAGAUGACAAGCCAGAGGUCUGCCAGACCACCAAGACCAGCAGGUGGAAAGGGCGACAGAAUCGUGAGAAGCGCUUCACCUUUGUCCUAGCAGUAGUUAUUGGCGUAUUUGUCAUCUGUUGGUUCCCCUUUUUCUUCACGUACACACUGACGGCAUUUUGCGACUGCUGUGUGCCUGCAACGCUUUUCAAGUUCUUCUUCUGGUUCGGCUACUGCAACAGCUCCCUCAAUCCCAUUAUAUACACCAUCUUCAAUAAUGACUUCAGAAGGUCCUUUAAAAGGAUCCUCUGCCGGAGAGAUAACAGGCGAGUGGUGUGAAUGGGCUACUGGGCCUUUUCUCUCUGUUUUUUGAUGUCGUAACAUACUGACCAGGACGAUCCUACCUAGAUCAUGUCACUGUAAUACAAUCACCCGGAGUGUAAGGGAAGUACUUGUGUACAGUAAAUCAACGUGUCAUGUGUCAUUUUACAACAAGAGACUCAUGCUUUGUAUAAAUGUCACAAUGCAACCGUGCAUGGUUAUGCAAUUACAGCACAAUAUGAGACAGAUUCGUCCAUUUCAGAAAUGUAUUGUUGUGUUGAAGUUCUUAAUAUGCUGUCUGUGUUAUAUAGUUUUGUAACUGUGGUAUUUUAUGAUCUAAAAAUGUGGGGAGCAUCAGUAAGCACAUAUACAACAACAACGCCCUUGAUGUUGCACAAAAUGUGAAAAACAAUUCAAACUGUGCCAAAGGAAUAAGGACUAUUGUGACUUUAUCUGCCUUUUUGUGCUGUGCUGCAAUACUCAUAUACAGAGUGUUAAACUACUUGCUGCAAUGCCAAUCGUCUUCUCACGGUGCCUCUUUACUUCCCUGACAUAUUGUGUAAUUCAUUGUGAACAUAUUGAGAUUGUUCGGCAGUCGAAUCUUCUAUUAUCCCUGCCAGUAACGGUUCAUUUAAAAUCUUGAUAUGCGCUCUUGGGCAAAAAGAUGUUGAGCAAGUCUGACUGGAACCUGACGUGCAGGUGUCACAACAAAUUUCAUUAGCUUUCAAUGUAAAUUAUAUCCGUCAUUCCAGAUCUAAUGGAAGGUUCUUUGGUCUUAAGGGCCAUUUACAGAGAUUAUUACAGUGACUGCUGGAACUAAUAAACCAUGUGACAAAAAGGCCAACAUUUAAGCCCUCAAAGCUAGGUUACUAAAUGAAUUUGCACCUGUUCUUCGAACAUAUGGAGUGUGAUCUUUGGGUCUGAAUGCACAACAACACAGAGGAAUAUUCAGCAAGAUAUCAAAUGACUGACAACAUGACAACAGAGUGUCUUCAGGUCAAGGCGAGGUCAAGGCGAGGCCAAACCUUGUGCGGUUAACCUUCCCUGGGGACAGAAGGAGAGAUCAUCCUAGUGUUGAUAGAUGUCAUGUAGAGUGAGAUGGAGCGAGUGUCAAGUCCAUUUCCUGUUUGACCUGGUAACGCUGUUAAAACAAAGGCCUCAAAUGACAUAUAUAAACGACCUGUUGCUGUGCAUAUUGUCAUAUCUGAAAAAACACAAUUGUGGCAUAUGACUCAGUUUGAUAUUGGCUGUUUGUUGUCCUGGUUGUGCUUUCAAAGUGUUUUGCCAUUGAGAUUUAAGACAAACUGUGUUUGCACUCACACUCUGACAGAGAAAAGCACUCAAAAUAAAUAAAAAAAUAAAAGAAAUUCAA